AGUGAGAGGUCGUCUGUCUAUGACCAAGUGAGAUUGUCAACAUCUCCUCUAUUUGAUAAUCCUAAGGAUAAAUAGAAAUACAAUUAAGUCUAUACCCAUUCGGAUACAAAUCUUCCCUUGACAUUCAGAUUGUCGUAGCCGGGUUUGGCUGAUUUUUUUUGUGCUGGCCCGUUUAGGAAUUUAACAUCACUGACUUGGAGAGAGGGAGGGACGUAACUUUCAAGUGACUCGAUGUACGCAGACCACGGUCAGCAAGGGGAUAUGGAUGGGAUAGAUCAAGCGAUGGGCAAUCCGGCCCUGAACACAUCAACCGCCAACACAAUGACGACAAACGCCACCAACAACAAUAACAAUAACAACAAUAACAAUAACAAUCGUGAAGCAAACAUGCGCAGUUGCGCAGGAUGCGGCGCGCGGAUAUGUGACCGCUUCCUGUUACAUGCUAUGGAUAGAUACUGGCACACAGGUUGUUUGAAAUGUUCCUGUUGUCAAGCACAUCUUGGAGAAAUAGGAACAUCUUGUUUUGCGAAAGGAGGAAUGAUACUCUGUAAAAAUGAUUACAUACGGUUAUUCGGCAACAGCGGCACUUGUUCCUCAUGCGGCCAGUCCAUUCCCGCCAGCGAGUUUGUCAUGAAGGCCCAAGGAAACGUCUAUCACCUUAAAUGUUUUACAUGUGUUUCGUGUCAUAAUCAGCUCGUGCCCGGCGAUAGGUUCGGCAUUAUCAAUGGCAGUCUAUUCUGUGAACAGGACUAUCCCAAGGUUAUCAAAUCUACAACAACGUCUGUGCGAGGGAGCCACAAGGUGACGAAACUCAGAAACACAGCCAUGGCAGGAUCGGUGCCUGUGAUGUAGUGCAUCUUUUCAUGUGCGAAACAUGGACUUUCCCUCGUCAACAGGAGUUUCAUCUACACUCAAGACAUGGCGACUCGAUGUGAACACACCUGUUAGCGAGGUUACAUGAGACUCAAGAACAUUUGUGUGAGCACUUACCACUUUGUGACUUUAUACGAUACGUUAUGGUAUGAAAUACUGGACGAGAUAGUGACAGAGGCCUUACACUGAAUCUUCAUUUGUACAUUUUGAAAAGAUUGUGUAAAUUUUCAGAUUUUAUAUCUCGAUUAGGUCGAUACUUUGCAAGAUUUCAGGGGUGCGCGCGCACGCCAGAUGUUGCAACCUUCCUAAACACGGAGACAAAAUACAAAAUUCAUUGACCAUUGGAGACAUCUCCCGCCAUUUUAUUGUGGCGUUUAAAGGGUGUAUAGAUAUUGUGUGUGAUUUAUAGUGAAAAUGCACGGCACAAAGGUUAAUUGGCGAAGAACUAGUCCACAAAGGUCUACGUAACAAGAGCUUUACAAAGUUAGCCUCAAAUCGAGGCACACUUUUCUCGUGAGAUAUGACGAGAUAACACCUUCUUUGUUGUAUAUCUUUGAGUGAACUGGUAGUUUUGUGUCUACAGUUCAUGAUAGAGAGAACUGGUUUUGUUAUGUUGAUUUGUUUAUAUGGAAACACUCCGUGUUUUAUACGAAAUAAUAAUUUAAUUAUGUAUUAUGGGGGUGACACAAGUGUCAACAGCAUUUGUGAAUGCAAAGUAGAUUAUCAAGCCUUGAUCAUUGAGCCGUAGAUACAUAUUGACAUAUAGUUGAUUGCAAGUACGGCUCAAUGACCCAGGCCACCUUGCCAAAUGUCCGAAAGCGCUGAUUGGUCAAUCAGCGGUUGAUUUAAGCCACUGAAGUUGUCCAAUGUUGUUGCUGACUCAAUCAAUUUCGGCUAAGGUUGGGUGGACCCUUUUAACGCCUUUCGCUUGGACUUAGUGCCAAAUGUAUUGAUUGAUACAAUAGGUUCGGGGAAAGGAGUAUGAUAUAAUUUUAGGGUCAACUUGGUUUCCAUGAGGUUAUUCUGUCAAUCCUCGAGACCUGUGUGCAUCGUGUAUGCACAUGAAAGACAUACUUUGUGCAGACCAAAAAUUCCCAUGGACCAUUUCAAAACUCUGCAACAUGAUAAAGAAUUGUAUAUUGUAUGAACGUGUCUCACAGUUUAAGCUCGUGUAAGUGUUCUCAACAAUAAUGUUUUAAACAGAUGAAGAAUACCCUCUUUACAAUGUGACGUUUGUGACGGUUCCGAAUUUGUGAUUAUAUUAUCGUCAUCAUUUUUCCCCGCAUUAAUUUUGAAUUGAUAUUUUAGUUUGUUUCUUCUAAAAUACAACACAAGCUACUACUAAGCCAAGGCUAUUGUUUCAGUAUUGAACUCCAUUAGUUUCUAACCUUCUUUAUUGGAGAAUGGGAAACUAGUCACAGGCAUUUGAUGUAAAUACCCGCAGGGAGACAGACUACGCAUUCAGCUAAUUUUUGUGACAAUGCACCUCAAAAUGCAGGCGAUUCUUGGUGGCUAUGUUUGUUCCUAAUUCUACCGAACUUUAUACAAUGCGUAGGGGAAGUAAUGAGAAAGAUACCAAUGAAACUCAGCUGAAAUUAACAACCUUUCUCAAAAUCGGGGACAAAAUAUGUAGAAAAACAUGGCCGCCAAGGAUCUUCCUGAAAGUAUGUACAUCCAGUUACUUGAUUUGCAUAUCAUUCUGUUGAUACUCAACACUGCAUAUUGACUUUAAGUCACGUGUUUUGUGACACUCUUAUUUUUCUUCUUUACGAGCGGGAGACACUGAUAAGUAUUUUGUAUGUUUUGCCAUCAUGUGCGAUCUAGCUCAUCGCAUUGCCUUUCGUUUUUUAGAUUUGCUUCAUGUCCCUAAGGUUUCAAAAGUAUGCUAAUCUCCAACCGUGUCAAAUAAAUUUCGUUUCAUUCAGUAUUUUGUGGGGAAAAACCAUUAAUCAAUUACUCAAAUGUGUUAGCAUGGUGUCGAGAUAGUUAUAGUAUUUGCCGAUAGUUGGUGCUCACAUGACAAAACAUUUCAAUGCUAAACACAUGCACGUGUCAACCAUUGCACGGAUUACGAAACCUUUCCCUGGACUUUGUACACCAUAAACAACGCCGUUAAAAAUGCCCAACGUCGACAUCACCCAACUGCCCACUGAACUCCUAGAUAUAUAAACAAAACAUUCUGCCGACUUCUUCCUUGGGGAGGAGGCCAUUGUUAAAGUCCUACUGGCCACGGAUUAAUGGCUUUCAUUUUCCUAUCAUUCUAUCACAUUACGCAUCGCUUGCAAGGUUAUCUAGUUAAACAAUAUUGCACAACAUAAUCUAACGUUUCAAACUCUUACUCAUAACUCUUGACAGUAUUUUAACUAAUCAGAAAAGGUUGACAUUUAUCUGUUAUGCUCAGCUGUCUUCACGAAGUCGUCCUUUACAAGUCUCCUGCAAAGACUCACAGUGAAUGAAGGUGAAGUUAGGAAGGUGUUUCGUUCCAAAUUUGACCGAGAUUUCAACAAUUUCUAACUACGAAAAUACGCACUGAAUGCAAAUUACACUAGUUAUAGACUGAUACACAGUUACGAUGUUGGUCAACGUCCAUCGCAUCUGCGUGCAUAAAGACUGCUAUGGCUAUGCUUGAUAUACCUAAUUACCAGCGGGCCACAUGUAAACAAUAUGUACACGAGUAACUUCUCUAUCUCAGAACAUUGUUUGAGGUUCUUUUCUUAUGCCGACGGCUGACUGAAUAAGUCUAAUUACAAAUCAAGUCUUAUUUUGAAGUAUAUUAUUCGUUGUUAGGUUACCGUUGAUAUGUUUAAAACCUGUCCUCUAACAAUUACAUAACGGGAUAUUGAAAUAAGUGAAUUUGACGUGACACUCACACAUUACCAUGGUAACACUGAAACAGUUGUGAUCAUAUUUAUUAUUUUCGGCAAAGUACACUCUUUCUCACUUAGCUGUCGAGUUGAUUGUCAAAUAAGUGAUGGCCUGCCAAAAAAGUUAUCAACAAAUUAUCAAGCCAUGAAUACAUGAACACGUUGUUGUUUAACUCGAGUGGAAAAAAAGCCAGUAACCCGAAUUAUCUACCGCUCCAAAAACGUUUACCACUACUUACAUGACAUAAAGCUGUCAGCGACAUAGACUAGGCAGAAGUCCCAGAACGAAGUCUGGACUGGUCGACAUGGUUUUGACUAUCCACGUGAAAGAACGCAUUUGGUGCUCUAACUCAAAGGUAUCCCUGUUGUUAUAAGUCUGCAUAUCUUCACAAUUGGCCGUUUCUCUAAUUAUUGGCGAAUUAUGCAAAAAUGCUCUAAAUGUGUGGGGCAUAACCGCACAUGUUGCUCUAUAUUCACUAUCAUAGUUGGUCAGUAUGUACACAUACAGUUAUAAAUUCACUACACAUAAGUCCACUACGAUGCAACCCAUUAAAGGUUCAAAGCUGCGCUGUCAUACUGUCCAUCGCAAGGCCUGCACAGUCGUCACUGAGGCCGUUUCUUCCAAGUCGAUUUACUCAAUAAAAUUCUUAAUGAAUCCAUCUCUUAUAAGUACAUGUAUAUCUAAACAUACUCAUGCUAUAACUUACACAAUGAACGGCACCAAGGCUCUACCCCAUCACUGAUAUUUUCAAAUUGGUACCCGAUCUUUUGACUGGAUGGCUUGACGAAAUAUAAAUACCGGUUUCAUCUACAAUUUUAAAAAGUCUAAGACAGAAACGCAAGCACGCUGAUUGUUCAAGAGAGGUUAAAAUGUUCAAUCUGUGAAUUUCGUUCUGCUACCUAGCGGGCAGAUCAAGUGUCAAUCUUUAACGACAUGUCUCAAUCCCGGGAAACUCACUUAGGAUUUGUGUUACAGCUAAAUGCGCGCUUAUUGGUCAUUGCUGCCGCUAAGUUAUGCUACUGUCGAUAGCUAGCGAGCACAAUAUAGUCUGUAUACCUGGAACUAAAGCACUUGUAUAAUCUGAUAAUGCCGCCUGUCUAAUAACAGUACCAGUUAUCAUGAGGAUAUACUUCCAAUUAGGCCUGCAUUUAAGUCAUGUGAUGAUAUUAAGUAAGUUUUUGUCAUUCUCUCCCUUUUGGGUUAGAAUAUCCCAAAGCUUAUUAUUUCGUGUACAUUUUGGUAUAAAAAGUAAACAAUACUCACAAUAAUUGGGAUGAAGGUGUAGCACAUUUUAAGCAUAGGUUUUGACUCAAAUUUGUGAACGUUUUGGUUGUUGUGUCUGUGUGACGUCACGACUUCUUGACCACGUGUCACUCUUUCAAAUGUCAAGAUCGUAUGCGCUAUUGGUUUCAAUAACUGAUACUGUUACAGGCCAUGUAAGAAACGGCCAUCAUUUGCAUGAACUAUAAGUUCAGCAAUCAUGCGCACCGCGGUAAGCGUUUUUAUCCUAAAAACGUGCAAAUUGACAAUGAUAGAGUGACAUGGUUUAUCACAGUACGACUGCCUUGAUAUUGGAUAUGCAUAACAUGCUUGGCACUUUAUUGAAAACACCAUUUACACGCACCUGUAUACAUCGUUUACAUCACUACGUCAACCCUGUAGUAAAAAAUUGUUCAACGCGCUAAAGAACAUACUGUGACAGAACCAUUUAUUAAUACUUUGGCGAAUAUAUUGUUAUCUGUAGUAGAUGUCAAACAUGCUUCAGUGAAAUUAACCUUGUUUUCACUGCAGUACGAGGGAGGGGGGGGGGGUACUGGUAUAUGUCUCUCAGGAAUUGUUCAAAAGUACGUAGUUACACGUCAAGUUAUCAAAUGAACGGUGUUGUACACAUCUGUGAAAUAUCUGCAGUUUCAAUAUCUUGUGCUCUAACGAAUUCUACACUAAUGACGCCUAUCAUCAACCAAAUAACGACAGCAGAAUGGUAUAGGUUUGACCAGCAACUUGGACAGUCUGACGUCGGAUUCUGUAACCUUUGCCAGAAGUUUCCGCAAUGGCUAUACAAAGGCCUUCUUUUCUCAUGAUAAAUCCUGAUCAAUAUCGAUAAAGUUGGUGGCUUGUCAAAUUGGAUAUGACUUAGUGUUGCAUUCUGGGUGAAGCGUUGCGUUCUAUUUCUGAGAUUCUUUUACUGUAAAGUUAUAAUUUGUUGCCACGUGAUAUCAACCAUUGCCACUAAUAGUCGGGUUAUUUCCACAACUAUUCGGUUUAUUUUGUAAGGUUUCGUUUGUUUCCGUAAAUGAUCGGGUGUUUCCGUGACUUUUUAUCUCAGUUUCUGUCGUGUUGCCACAUAAGUUGUAGAAGAUAGAAUACUCAAGGAAUUUAAUAUGACUGUCAUCUUUUGCCGUUACCUGCGGCAACAUGGAUAUCGAAGUUCAGUAAUGAUAGUCAAUCAAGUCAAAGUUACUUAAAAUGCUGUGAAAAUUAAUAGUGCUUAAAAUGGUACUGGUAUUAUUAGUGAAACAUGUUGCCUUCUGACAAAGUGUAUAGAAAUUUUCUUUAUGAAAUACAUCGGUGUUUACAGUCAAACUGACAAAUUUAAUUUAGUAAUUGAGCAAUUGAUGAGUCAAUAAUUUCCUUUUAUUUUGAUACUUCUUUUGAGAUUAUUUCGUGUGACAUAGUUACAGGUAAACCACCUUUGUUGUGAACAGGUUAUCAUUCUGAUUGACACAGGCUGGUUAUUCAGUAAGGUGGUGCAACAUAUCAUAGUCUCUCUCUGUAUCAUUGUACCACAAGUUUAAUCACUGUUUGACUAGAGUUGUAACAGGGCGAUCACUGUACCGCUUUGCCUUACUCGUGCUUGGGGUCGACAAUUGACUCUCGAUCCAGAAUCUUAGGUGGCAGGUGGCAUUGAGCGAUAAAUGCAAUUGGAAGGAUUGCCUGCAUCACUCAUCUCUCCUUUGGAAAAAGCAUUCUGACGUGUUCAUUGCAGCCCAGAACUAGUAUACGCAUUCUUAUGAGCCAGUGGCAGACUUGUUCAUCAAAUUUGAUAUACCAGUCCUGGGCCAGGGUAAAUUCGCCAAAAUCCUUUAUUCAAGAACCUUUAUGGCACUUCUUCUGUUUCGAUUACCAAUCCAAUUCAUACGAGCCCGCUGGGUCUGUUGUCACCCUUAACCAGCAUAUUCAGGUAGAUAAAGCGGUGUAAAUGUGUUCUGAUGAGAACAAGGGAAAGAAUCAGAGUUUCAAGUGAAUACAGUGCAGUUUCGACUCAAGAUUGCAAGGAGUAAGCGUGUAUAAAUCAACAUCCUCCAAUGCUGGAUUGAGGUUGAACGUACUGUGAAUAGUUGGCUCAUGGAUUUUGUACAUUUCUGUUUCGGUUUUUGUGUUGAAGGAACCAUCCGACUGUCAGAGAAAUAUUAAAUAAAUAACUUGAUAUCUAUA